UAAUUGCCUACAUACACUAAUUGACAACCACUGCCAAAGUAACAAAUUUUUAUAAAUAUAAAUUUUUUGUUUAAAUAUACUAUUUAAAACGCGAGGACAAAGUGUAGUAAACAAUUUUGGGUCCACCCUAAUGUUAAUAAACACUUUAACAACAUAUUUCUAUAGAAUUUAAAAUUGUUCUUCUGUACUUAAUUAAUAAACAUUUUGUGCUUUUUGUUUGAAACGCAUACAGUUUUUGUGGAGUGAAAAUGGCUUGGGGUUUUGUAACUUGUGGUCCCAAUGAGGCAUUAGUAGUAUCAGGAUGUUGCUAUAUGAAACCUUUAUUGGUACCCGGAGGUCGCGCUUUUGUUUGGCCCACCAUACAACAAGUUCAAAGAAUCUCUUUGAACACCAUGACUUUACAAGUUGAAAGUCCUUGUGUGUAUACCAGUCAAGGUGUACCAAUAUCGGUUACGGGUAUUGCCCAGGUAAAGAUUCAGGGACAAAAUGAAGAUAUGCUGUUGACAGCAUGUGAACAAUUUUUGGGUAAGCCCGAAUCGGAAAUACGUCAUAUUGCGCUUGUAACAUUGGAGGGUCAUCAGAGAGCCAUUAUGGGUUCAAUGACGGUUGAGGAAAUCUAUAAGGAUCGUAAGAAGUUUAGCAAACAAGUGUUUGAGGUGGCCUCAUCGGAUUUGGCAAAUAUGGGUAUAACAGUGGUAUCCUAUACCAUUAAAGAUAUUCGUGACGAGGAGGGAUAUCUGAAAUCUUUGGGUAUGGCUCGUACGGCUGAGGUCAAACGUGAUGCUCGCAUCGGUGAGGCGGAGGCCCGCUGUGAAGCCACUAUUAAGGAGGCCAUUGCCGAAGAACAACGCAUGGCAUCACGUUUUCUUAAUGACACUGAAAUUGCAAAAGCACAACGUGAUUUUGAAAUUAAAAAAGCCGCUUAUGAUGUUGAGGUACAAACGAAAAAAGCUGAAGCUGAAAUGGCCUACGAAUUGCAGGCUGCUAAAACUAAACAACGCAUUAAGGAGGAACAAAUGCAAGUAAAAGUAAUCGAACGUACUCAAGAGAUAUCGGUACAACAGCAGGAAAUCCUAAGACGUGAAAAGGAAUUGGAAGCUACCAUAAGACAACCAGCUGAGGCUGAGAAAUAUCGUUUGGAAAAAUUGGCCGAAGCCAAUAAAAUGCGCAUUGUUAUGGAAGCUGAGGCUGAAGCUGAGUCGAUUAAAAUUCGUGGUGAAGCUGAAGCUUUUGCUAUUGCUGCUAAAGCCAAGGCUGAAGCUGAGCAAAUGGCUCAAAAAGCUGAAGCUUGGCGUGAAUAUCGUGAAGCCGCUAUGGUUGAGAUGCUAUUGGACACAUUACCCAAGGUGGCCGCUGAAGUUGCCGCUCCCUUGUCACAAGCCAAGAAAAUCACUAUGGUUUCUAGUGGACAAGGUGAAAUUGGCGCUGCCAAACUUACUGGAGAAGUUUUGCAAAUUGUUAACAAAGUACCAGAGCUGGUUAAGAGUAUUACUGGCGUAGACAUUGCUCGGUCUGUGCAUGCGGCUUAAUUUUCCAAAUUAAGUAUUUGUAAUCGAAAAAAUACAAUUUGAUUAGAAAGCUAAUUCAAAAGAAAUUUUAAAUUUCCAAAAUAUUACAUAUUGGCUAACGAAAAAGAAAAUGAUAAAACUUAUUUUUUGUUUGUUAUUAUAUUAAAAAUGAAAAAGAAAACUAACAAAAUACCAUUUGAAACAUUGAGACCAAAGAUUGAUUUCAUUACUAAAACUGUGUUUUAAGUUGUACUUUCUUAAAUAGUACAUUUUGUCCUCACUAAUCCUUGGUCUCAAUUGUCAAUAAUGAAGAUUUAUUUAAUUACUUUCUUAACGCACAUUUACAAUACUCCCACUUUGGAAUCUCCUUAAAACUAAUUCAUUUCUCUAAGUAUUUAUUUUCAAAUUGUACUAUUUGCAUAUUUCAAAAUUUUGAUAUAUUUUAUAAAAUUUAUAAA